AUGCCAAUAGAGAAACGGAAGUCGUAUUCUGUACGUUACUGUGCUUCCCUUGCUUAGAACAUCGCCGAGAACGGUUUUGUCGUUAUGCCUUGUUCUUGGUGCGCGUCUCAAGGCCUUGUCUGCAAAAUGAUCGCGCGUAUAAAGCGUUACGAGGCCUGUGUUCGUCGAGGUCGUUCUUGCGAUGGCUCUGGCAUCCCGCUUUCUUCUUAUAAGCUCCGCGAGUUGUCUAAAAAGCUUACACGGCUCCGGCGUCUUCGUCAGCAGAAGGAGUUUUUAGUGAAGAAAGGUGCCGAUAUGGUGGCACGUGGUCUGUCAACCUUAGAUGAGUUAGAGGAGGUUGAGCGGCAAGAGACGCCUGCUAUGCCCUCGUCGUAGAUUAAUGAUGCCGUCGAUGCUAUUGACUAGGGCGCCGUCUUUGGUUCUGUCCUGGGUUUCCCUUUGGUUGAUCCGGGUUCUGCCGGUGGAACUGUUCUAGUUUCUUAGGGCAGUUCAAAUUCUUGACUAGUUCCUAUAAGUUAUCUUCUAGUCCGAAAUCAAGCCAUUUAACCAG